AUGGCUUUAGAUUUAGCUCGACGGCGGAAAACACAGGAUGAUGAUGACAUUCCGAUGGCUCCAAUGAUCGAUUGUGUCUUCUUGUUACUCAUCUUUUUCAUGGUAUCCGCUAUCAUGAAGGUUCCUCCGCCUUUUACCGUCACCUUACCGGAUUCUGCAACGCAACACGAAUUCACGCGAAAGAAAUUUAACCUCUUCAUUAACAGUGAUGGACGUAUUUCGAUUGAUGACCAAGAGAUGUUGACGCUGGAAGAUAUGGAGCUUUACAUUGCAGCCCACGAAAAUCAGAUCAGCACCCUGAUUAUCAAGGCGGACAAACGUGCGAAGCACGGAGAUGUCAUUGAUGUCGUAGAGCGUGUGAAAAUGCGCUCUAGUAAAAGGGAAGGUCUCGAAAUUGCUUUCGCGGUGUCGGAAGAAAACUGA